UGCUCCAGACCCCGCCCUCCCCAGGGGCAGACGGAUACUUUUGUGGCGGCCGAUAGUUUGUGUUAAAGGGCCGCGUCAGCUGGCGGCAGCGAUGAGAGGGCAGCCCGGCCACAGCGCGCUAGCGAGCAGCCGGCGACCGCGGUGAAACCUCGGCCGUGGUAAAAGCCCAGCAAAUCACACACAGCCGGCUCCCGGCGGAUCGGUUGCCUUUCUGCGGCUCCCCCGCCGCCUCACACAGCUGAAAGAUGCUCAGCAGGCUGAGGAGCGGCAGCAUCAGGAACCUGGACCGCGAGUUCGACUGCACUGUCAGGCUGCUGGACGAUUCCGAGUAUCCUUGCACCAUUCAGCGGGAUGCCAAGGGUCACUAUCUGAUUGAUCUUCUCUGCCAUCACAUGAACCUGCUGGAGAAGGACUACUUCGGAAUCAGGUUUGUGGACCCUGACAAACAGAGGCACUGGCUGGAUAUCUCCAAAUCCAUUAUUAAACAAAUGAAAUCUCAGCCUCCGUAUACCAUGUGUUUCCGCGUCAAGUUUUAUCCCACGGACCCUGCCACACUGAAGGAGGAGAUAACUAGGUACCUGGUCUUCCUUCAGAUAAAGAGGGAUCUGUACCACGGCCGCCUGCUGUGCAAGACCUCAGACGCGGCGCUGCUCGCGGCCUUCAUCCUGCAAGCUGAAAUCGGGGACUAUGAUGCAGGAAAGCAUCCCGAGGGAUACAGUUCCAAGUUCCAGUUCUUCCCGAAACAUUCCGAGAAGUUGGAGAGGAAAAUUGCCGACAUCCACAAAACGGAGCUUAGCGGGCAGUCCCCGGACAAUGCAGAGCUGAACUUCCUGAAGAAAGCGCAGACGUUGGAAACUUACGGAGUUGACCCUCACCCUUGCAAGGAUGUCUCAGGGAAUGUAGCGUUUCUUGCCUUCACCCCAGCGGGCUUUGUGGUGUUACAAGGAAACAAGCGGAUUCAUUACAUAAAGUGGACUGAAGUGAGCAAGAUGAAGUUUGAAGGAAAAACGUUUAAUUUAUACGCCAUUCAUAAAGAGGAAUCGAAGAUUAUUUUGACAUACUUCGCUCCAACGCCUGAGGCUUGCAAACAUCUGUGGAAGUGCGGAGUGGAGAAUCAAGCCUUUUACAAGUUUGAGAAAUCCAGUCAGGUGCGAACUGUUUCAAGCAGCAACAUGUUCUUCAAGGGGAGUCGGUUUCGAUACAGUGGGAGAGUCGCAAAGGAGGUGAUCGAGUCCAGCGCAAAGAUUAAGAGGAGCCCCCCAGAGAUUCACAGGUCAGGCCUGGUGCCCAGCCGAAGUUGCCCUUCCAUUUCCCACGGCUCCAGGUUGAGCAGUGUACCCAGGACCCGCAGGAGGGCGGUGCAUAUCUCCAUCAUGGAAGGUUUGGAAUCACUCCGGGAUAGCGCCCACUCCACGCCGGUGCGAUCCAGCUCUCACACAGACUCCUUUAUGAUCCGCUCGGGCAAGGCUUCGGCCGCCGAGGGCAACGAGCGGACGUCGGUGAUAGCGGACGAGAUGUACAGCCCGGCCGCCAGUGUCCUGCCCACGCCGGUGUCGGAGCCCGGCCCCGAAUCCAUCCUCCUCCAGCAAGACUCCAGCUCCAGCGGCAUCGAGGAGAGGGGGAGCGAGGUGGGAUCGUCGGCAGCGGCAGAGGAACCGGCCAGAGGGGCUGGCACCUCGCCCGAAGGUGUUAGUGAGAGGGCGGAGCAGGAACAGGUGAAUACAUUUGUUUUAAGUGUGGCCCGUUUGCUACUGGUGACCGUCGGACUGCUCUUUGCAUUGCUCCUCCUCCUGAUCGCUCUUGCCGAAUCAGAUAUUGACGUAGCAUUUUUACGCGAUAUACGCCAAACCCCCGAGUUUGAACAAUUCCAUUAUGAAUACUUUUGUCCCCUCAGGCGAUGGUUUGCCUGCAAGGCGCGGUACCUGCUAAACCUUCUUAUUGACACAUGACAUCGCCCAGCCUGAGAAAUCAGCCCAGGGGCAGUGAGAAGACAAGAUGACGUCAAGCUCCCCUUCUCCCCUCUCUGGCACCAUCCAGCUUUAUUGGGUGAAUUCAACUACUGCUGGGAAACUUGCUGACUCAACAAGCUUUCAAGAGGAAUUUAAAUCCAAGAGCGAAUUCCACAUUCAACCAUGCCCUGCCCCCAUCCCCUUAACCCCCUCUGAUGCUCUUGGACUGUUGCGCUAUCUAAGGUCUAUUAGAGUAAGUUAUUAACCAUUAGUACCCACAGGAACUGAGUAAUACAGCGUGGAGUUUUGUUAUUGUGAUGUUAAAGAGGUAUCCUGUCUCCAGACAUUAAUAAAAGUACCAAGACUUCCCUGUGAUAUUAAUAUUA